ACCACUGCUUUAGUUCGCAUGAGCAGGAAGAUUUGCUUGAAGAUAUUCUGAAACUCGAACACAGGCUGGUUUGUUUGCCAGCCAGUGCUUCACAGCUGUCAACCUGAGUCGCAAGUGGCAGCUACUGUGAGUAGCUUCUGUGCAUUAUGAAGAAUUUUUCAUUUCCUGUGCAGGAUAACACACAUCAGACCGAGAGUCCUCCUCCUUACAGAUUCCUGAGUUUGACAAAUCAGUCAGAUCCUAUUGGAAGACCAGAAAGAGAUGAGCAAUUAGCUCAAGUAGAGAUUGCUGUACUGGGGGUCAUAUUUCUGACAGCGUCUGUGGGCAAUUUCAUUCUCAUACUGGUGCUGUGGCGAAGAAGAAAGAAGCUGUCUAGGAUGUAUGUGUUCAUGCUUCACCUCAGCAUUGCUGACUUAGUGGUAGCCUUUUUCCAAGUGCUGCCUCAACUCAUAUGGGAUAUUACAGAUGUUUUCAUAGGGCCAGAUUUCUUGUGCAGAAUUAUCAAGUAUCUACAAUUGCUGGGCAUGUUUGCCUCUACUUAUAUGAUAGUGGUCAUGACAGUGGACAGAUAUCAAGCUGUUUGCUACCCUAUGGUCACUUUUCAAAAGAAGAGAGCUCUCUGGAACAUCCCCAUUUGCACCAGCUGGUCCAUAGCACUGAUUCUUAGCCUACCACAGGUAUUUAUCUUUUCUAAGACUGAAAUAUCUCCAGGUGUCUUUGAAUGUUGGGGUGAAUUUAUUCAGCCUUGGGGCCCAAGGGCAUAUGUGACUUGGAUUUUUGUAGUUAUAUUCUUCAUUCCCUCAGCAAUCCUUAUCGCAUGCCAGGUCAAGAUUUGCAAAAUAAUCAGAAGAAACAUAAAUGUGAAAAAACAGAAUGAAUGUGAAGCAACAAAUCAGAAUCAAGUCCUGCCAUCCCGAGCAAGCAGUGUGAACUGUAUUUCAAAGGCUAUGAUCAAGACAGUAAAAAUGACAGUGGUGACAGUUGUUGCAUAUGUUUUCUGCUGGUCCCCUUUCUUCAUUGCGCAGCUGUGGUCCGUGUGGUUCCCCAGCAUCCUGACCGAAGGUUCGGCAUUCACCAUUAUAAUGCUCCUUGGCAAUCUGAAUAGUUGUGCCAACCCAUGGAUUUACAUGUAUUUCUGUGGCCAGAUUCCAUAUUGCACAAAUAAGCAGCUGGAGAAUACCUCGGCUCAAGAGGAAUCGGUGUUCACGGGGAGCAUUCACCUCGUAGACAGAGACCCUGAGGAAAACAGUACUUCUGCAUAAAUGCUGAGAGCUUUUUGUUGUUUUGUUGCAUUCCCUCUGUUCAAAAGACACUAAUAUUUUACCACCAUCCCUUAUUUUGUGGAUAAGGAAGCUGAAAAAUUGGUUUUUGUUGUAAAAAUAGAUUUCUCUGCAGUUCUGUAGCGUAUACAGGAAGUUUCUGUGUUGUGCAAGCCUGACAGUACUUCAAUCACCACUGUCUUAUCAGAAUGAAUUCCUGUAAGACUGACAAAGAUACAUCAAAGUAUCUUAGAUGUUUUGUGUCCCAAAGUACUUCCCCAUCUGUGAUUUUGGAUUUCUAAGUGGUAAAAUUGUAUUACUACCUGGUCCAGCAAAUUGAAACACAAUUGAAAAGGAACCUGAUGUAAUUAAACUUGAAUAUGUUUUCAGAGUGAACCAUGAAUUGUUCAUCAUUCUGGUGUGAUUGGGGUGCAGUGGCAAAUCUUGAGAAGGCAGCACCAAGUCAGAAAAAGCUUUUGUCAGCUCUUACUAGCACUUUGUUGAAGUUAACUCUUUAUAUACAUUUAUAAAAUGCCAAGCAGCUUAAUAUAAUUUUUAAAAAAAUAAAAUGUGCUUGUGACAUUGAACCCUUGCUUCAGUUUAAAGUUCCAUUGUGGAUCACAGGUGUCAGCAGCAUAGCAGCAGUUCAGGUUUUUUCACUUCACACCAUGGGAUUUGAUUUUCCAUGCAUUUCCUGAUGUGAAAGCAGUUAACUGGACAGCUACGCACACCCCAUACACACACAUAUAUACAUACUCUAAAUAAAAGUGGGUGCUAAGGGUGUACACUUCCAUUUGGCAUUCAUUUGUUCUAGCAUGGA